AUGGCCAGCAGUCAGAAGACCAUCCUUGCUGUCGCCGCUGGCGCGGCAGCCUUGAGUUCCACGGCCUUUGUUCAGAGCGGCCCAGCCGGUCAGGCUGCCCCCGAGAGAAGCAGCGUGCAGCUGCGUGGCCGAAUAGCGGCCCAGACAUCUGCCUCAGGCAGCAGUGCUCCAAGCUUUCUUGGCUGCACGGCUGCUGCAUCGGCAUCAGCGCUUCUAGCAGCGCAGCUCCGUGGCAAGCGGAGCGAGGCCAGCUACGGCCGCAAGUCCCAGGUGGUCGUCAUCGCCUUUGAGAACGAGCUCGGCGUGCAGGACCCCGUCGGAUUCUGGGACCCGGCAGGCUUUACGGCCGAUGGUAGCGUGGAGAACUUCAAGCGCCGCCGACAGACAGAGCUCAAACAUGGCCGCAUCUCGAUGUUGGCUACGAUGGGUUACAUCACCCCUGAGAUCACCGGCAAGUUCCCCGGAUAUCUUAGUCCGUCAGCUGGAUUGAAGUUCGCAGAC